AUGAAAAAACUAAUAAACAACUUGCCUAACGCGAAUUUAAAAUCUACGAACUGGAACUACUUACAAAACUUAAAACUAGCAGAUCCCAACUUCAACGUGCCCGGCCCUAUCGACAUACUACUCGGAGCUGAUAUCUACUCUAAGAUUAUUGAUGAUGGAGUCCUGCGCCGGGACCACAACUCCCCUGUGGCACAGCAAACUAAACUGGGGUGGAUCCUCAGCGGCGGUAUAAAAACUUUCAACUGCCUCGUAACCUUGAGUGAACUAGAAAACUCGAUGAUGAAGUUCUGGGAGACGGAAGACAUUACACUACCAGAUCCAUCAACCAACACAGAAAACUUCUGUGAACAACACUACGUAGAUACUACGGAGAGAUUGAGCACAGGCCAAUACGUAGUAAAAAUGUCAUUGAAGCCUGAUUUAUGCGAAAAACUGGGAAAAACUAGACCACAAGCAAUCUCACAGUUUCUACAGCUUGAAAGAAAGAUGGCAUAUAUUCAUCAAGGAAUAUAUACAACUGGGUCACAUGAAACCAGCUGA